CGAUGCGAGGGCGUCGACUUCAACAAAUAAUACAACUCAAUAGUGAGAUUAAAGAAUUUUUUUUUCUUUGAACAAAAUUAAAUUAAUACUUUUGGAUUGGGUCACAAAGUAUUUGAGUAACGCGGUUGGAAUUUAUUAUUAUUAAUCCAGAUUACGAAGUCGUCGACGAACGAACCGAGUUGACUUGGUGCAGACUUUAAAACGAUUUUCAUUUCACUCUCUGUGCCGGUUUUGUUCUAUUCAAAGUUGGGUGGAGUUGUAUUUUAUAACAUCGAUUAUUCGUUCCGUUUUCUUUCGUAUAAUAGUCCAAUUCUUCGUGUGUGUAUAUAAGUCGAGGAGCGAUUAACGUACCGCCAGUCGACCAAGAACCAUCUCAGUAACCACACUUUAAACUUUAAACGGUAGACCUUCACCAAAGUGGUUUUUUUAACAUUUUUUUAUUUCUUUAAAAACAAGAAACCAUCAUGGCCGUGGAGAUGCCUUCAUACAUCCAAGAAAAAUUCACCAAAUUGAAAUUUUCAGAAUUCGUGAGUUUACCACCAAGCGUUGAAACUCCUUGUACACCACAAACACCGGAUACUCCAUUAUUACCACCUCCGGAACCUUUUCAAUUGAGAGUUAUUAAGAAGGAAGAAAGCGAAAAAGUUUUAGAUUUUUUAAGAACUUUUUUCUUUCGGGAUGAGCCGUUAAACGUGGAUGUAAAGCUUUUAGAGGGCGAAAAAACUUGUAAAGAACUUGAAGAAUACUCAAUGAAAGCUUUAAAAGAUAACGUUUCUGUUAUGGCUAUUACCGAUUCAGGAAAAAUAAUUGGCGUUUGCUUAAAUGGAAUUAUCAAUAAAAACGAUGGAAAAGAAGAAUUUAUUGUUAAAGAUCCGAAAUUUUCGAAAAUAACUAAUUUAUUAAGUUACGUAGAUAAAAUGGCUGAUGUUUUUGGAAAAUAUCCUGAUAUUGAUAAAAUGAUUUCUGUUGAUAUUUUAUCAGUUGAUAAAUCUUGGAGGGGGCAAGGAAUAGCGAAGAAACUUAUGAAUAAAACGAGAGAACUUGCUAGAGAACAAGAUUUUAAGUUAAUGAGAUGCGACUGUUCGAGUCAUUUUAGUGCAAAAGCGAUCGCCAGGCUUGGAUUCCAAUGUAUUUAUUCGUUAAAAUAUGAAGAUUAUAAGAAGGAAGGUCGCCCAGUAUUUAAUCCGGAACAUCCACACAAAGAAGUUACCGUUUACAUUCAAAGGAUCAACUAAGCUAAGCAACCCUUUGAGAAAUUUUCCUAUUUUUUUUAUAAUAAUUAUUAUUAAUUAAUGUAUAGUGUCUAUACAGGUAUUAAAUAUUAAUAACCGUAUUUGGUGAAAUGUACUUAAAAGGAAAAAAUGAUCUUAUCAUUAUUAAAAAAAUUUGAACAAAUUAA